CUCGUUGGCGCUCGCAACCGGGGAAGGCCACAACCGCAACCCCCUGGGUCCCUGGCAAACCACACCAGCGUGGCAGCGACGCCUCGCCGUCCUUUGCUUACUUAACCCGCCAUGGGACACCCGCAUUCUCCAGACGAGACGACCUCAGAUAGGCCGCCGGUCCGCCCUGCUUCAGAGAAGAAGCGCGCGGGAGAGAGACCGAGAGAGGGCAACGCUCUCCGUCGCCGCCGUUAGUUGUUGCCAAUCAAGAGAUCGCAGGUGCGUGUGCUCGCCGCCGGCGGGAUUGGUGUUGGCUUGAGGCUUCCCUUAGAUGGGGCUCCACCUGCUGGCGUUCGUGGCGGCGAGGGGGCUCAUGCAGGUGUUCAACCUCUCGGCGCCGCACGACCUCCGGCUGCCGCUGGCGCGCCACCUGCCCGAGGCCUGCGCCGUACUGUACGGCCUCCUGGCCGAGCACGCCGCGUGGCUGCACCAGGCCCUGGCGCGCGGCGCCGUCCGGAGCGCCCACAGCGGGCGCGGGGGCGGCGUCGACGACUACGUCCUUCACGCCAUGCUCAGCAUCUCCGACUGAGCACCGCCGGCGGGCGCCCACCAGGCGUGGCUUCGCGCGCGAGGGCGCGGCGGCGCUGCCGCCGUCGUGGCAAUUGCCCUUUGCUAGUGGUUUAGUUUAAAAAUUAGGAAGUCUCUCCCCCGCUAGCUUGUCCAUCCAUCCGCUCGUUUGGUUCGGUGUUGUUCUUGGUACAGUUCAAUUUUGGCUGGCAUUGAAAGAGCUGGGCGAUUUCUGUUACUCUGGUUGGUAAAUACAAUCGAUUUUCUCUGAAUUUCUCAUCGGA